AUGCCUGGGAAGGUCCCCAACUUGGACCUCGACCCGUCAGUUCGUGUGGAUCCGACCUUCGAAUGUGCCGUUGGUCUGAUGGUGGACGGCAUAUCCACGACACCCAAGCGGAUGUCCUCGUCGGCUCGAGGUGGGAGGGAAGGCAUAUUCAAAGCCGGCGAGGGGACAUCGAGAAAACCGAUGGAAGCAGCUGUUGUGGACCCGGAAACUAUGCCGCAGGCCGAGACCCACGCCGACAGCAUCAACGGGCUUCACGAAGCAAUCGACUGUGCCUACGAGUCGCUCCAUCCCCACAUCGCCCAGCGAAAAGGUUCGCUCUGUGCCGAAGCCUUGGUCCAGGAAGCUGCGCGGGUUGUGCACGACAAGACCGAGAAGUACACAGCCCAGGCGAACACCGGCCGGUGCGACGAUGGCCGCAGUCUCGAGCAUUCCUCAUUGAACACCGGCUCGCAGGACGGCCGGGAGGCUAAUCGUGUCCGUCGCCAUCCCCAAUACCGAUCCACCUCAAGCGAAGAUACUGGUAGCUCACCCAAUGAGCACGAUGACGACGUCUUUAGUGACCGCAGUGCACAAAGCUCGCCGUGUUCUCUCGACGCCAAGUACGAGGUUACCGAUAGCUGCGACAAGACCGCCACUGGUUCGCCACAGCAGCAGGAUGAGCUGCUGAACUCGUCUCUGCACCGUGAGUCGUUCACCUCUUCCCCCAAGGAGUCCACGCGCAGAACGUCGGGCUAUUCGGGCAUCUCGGACUUGCACGCGAUGACAUCGUCGCCUACGCCAUCGAUCUCCAACGGCAGUUCGCCACUACCGUUGUCGAACAAAAAGCGCCGUACCAACGGGUUAGCAGCACGGAUCACUAGCCCUGUUGCGCCGGUUCAAUAUUCACCUAAGGGGAAGUCCACGCCGCCAAGGUUCCGUUCACGCAAGGAAGCGCCAUUGGUAUUACUUCACGUAACGCUUUUGCCGCUGCGCUGGGUAUGGGGGGAUGUGGUGAAUAACAUGGAUGCAAUCGUGACGGCACAUAAUGCUAGGCUGAAGGAACGGGUGAUGGCAAAUCUGGAGGCGGAGGGUAAGCCGAUGAUUGGCAAGCUAGAGCCGUCGGAUGGUCUGAAGACCCUUCGUGAUGUAUGGAGAGAGCUGCAGGAUCGCGUGGGAGACACCGUGCUCGAGCGUGGGAUUCUGAUUCCGCACCCACAGAACGACUACGAAAUCCUCGAAGAGCGCUUAUUGGAGGCCCUCGAGCUGCCGGUUAAGCGCCGGGCGAGGAUACUCGAAUGCGGGCACUAUCUCGGGCCGUCGAACGUAGAUGACGACUCCGAAGACGACCCGGAUUUUGACGAUUACGAUGACGACUAUAGCAGGCGAGAAAAGCACGGCAAGCGACAUUGGUGCAGCCUGUGUCGCAGCGAGAUCAAGUUCGAGGAGCUUGGUCCCAAUAAAGCAUUCCGCAUCAAGGUUUACGCUAGCAACGGGCUGAUGAAGGCGGGUGCCUGGGAGGCUUGCUGGAAGGAAAUGGAACGUGUCGAUGUCGAGAUCGAGCCGUUAGUGGAUAUCCCAAUGCAGAACGAGCUCGAAAAGCUCGCUAUGGCCCAGUUCGAACUUGAAGACCAUCAUCGGCGGGAGGAGGAGGUCGCCUUGGGCAUCGGAUUCGAGCAACACGCCCGAGACGCUAAUGAAUCCUUCCAUCUGCGCUCCGACACCCCCGUCAUGAACAUUAGGGGCCAGUCGGCAGCGGGCCAGCUCUCUUCCGGUGAGGCGAUGCCGACGCCGUCUCCGGUUUCUGUCCUCCCUGCUGCAGAGGAGCUGGCCGCUCUGCGGACCAAAACACCCAUGAUCGACAUUUCCGGAGGGUAUCGCCAUCAUGAUGAGGAGCUCCUGCACGAGAUCCAUGGUGAAACAGACCUGGUAGCUCCACGGAAUGAAGCCUUCAAUCCUUACCAGCAACCACAGCAACGAGCCCAGUCUCGAUCUCAAGCAUCGUCAGCUGCGAUGGUCGACUCUACUGUCUGCCGUCCUCGCUCGCAACAUGCUGACGUUCACCAAUCUGACCCGUAUCGUCAGCCGCAGCCACCUCGGCAGCGGCCGCACUCCAGCCGGAAGAUGUUUGUCCUAGACGAAAACACCUCGUUUGUGGACCUACUGAUGGAGGCGUUUAAGGUGCUCCUCCGUGAUCCUAAAAAUGUGGCCAUCAUCGUUCUCUCUCUGUUUCUGGUCGUCUUGGUAAAGCAGCCCCGCAGACCUGGAAGUGGGCUGGAAGUGGUGAUGCCUGGACGAGCUCCGCAAGUUAUUCAAGAGCCGAUGACGUCAGUGCAGAGUCAACAACAACCUCAGCAGCCGCAGGUGCAACCUGUGCCCCAGGUUCUCGAUGGUCCCGGUGCUCAGAUGUCCCAGCUUCCUCAAGAACAGUCGCAAGCGAUGGCAUUGCAGGUUCAGCCUCAGGGGCUUGAGCCGAUUGUCGCAAGUUCUAUUGUGGCUGAGUCUCCCUUCGAUCCCCGAGUUGGUUCUGCUUCUGACCUUUCUCAAAGUCCAAAGAAGGAACGAAUGCAGAUUGAGGGAACGCCUUUUUCUCAGCUUAGCCAAAAGGUCCAAGCUGCGGAACUUGAGACUAAUGGUAGGGCCAGAGAUGCUAAGACAGUGGCUCUUGCCUCCUCCAACUCAGUGAUUGAUCCUCUGGUGUGUCACUGGCUGGAGCAUCCUCAGUGUCUCAAGAUCUCGCCUUUCGACGACUGCAUUUCUUCGCCCAUUAACGCCCUCAACCUGUACGACGACCACUGCUUCGACUCUGAACCGACUCUGACGAUCUCGGUCUCCUCCACUGACCCGAGUGUCUUCGUUUCAGGACCUAUGGUUACUGCAUGUAAAACAGUCCGCAUAUAUGAGACCGUCACAGAGACGGUGCGGGUCAGUGUGAUAACGCAGACUUAA